GUCAUAUAUUACUCAUCCUUAUCGUUACCCUUAUUGACCCUCCUUCUCUCGGCUAUCGUGUCACAUUGGACAGACAAUUUUAUUUUCCUUGCGAUAACAGGAAUUGGAGGAAAACACUUUUAUUCACAACACGAAAAUCAACAUCGAUGUUCGCACUCGCGAGAAUCAUUGCGUCAUACAUAUAACUAAGCUUUUAACUUAAUGACAUGUCGGAAACUUGACGUUCGCGAAGGGAGCCAAACGUUUGCUCAACAUACCUGAGAGGGAAAAAGCACAUUAUUGAAAUUAUAUUGGAGGAGAAGCAAAUGCAUAUCAUCUGUGCUGAUAUUCUUUCGUUAGAAAGAUACUCGAAAGAUACUCGAAGAAAUAAGAGAGGGUUUAUUUCAUCGCACUUAUGACGCCUUUUCUAAGAUGCUUUUGCAAACGCUUAAAAGAAAACUUAUUUUCUCUCUAAGGAAUGAAAGCAAAGAGAGAAGAUAUAUCGGUAAAUUUCAAACUUCCUUGAAGAAGGAAUUGUCGGCUUAGCGUUCCAUCAUUGCUUCGUGAACUCCAUUUUAAUAUCCCUUUGAAUCACAGCGAAUGAUUUACAACGCUUUUCCAUCUUCCUUCUCGCGCGACCACGAAACUUUGGUAAUGAUUUAUAGAUGUACGUAGUAUAUGAGCUCAUCAAAAUGCAAUAAAAUUCUACCGCGAUAUUAAUAGCGUUUUUGUGCCGCGAUUAACCUCAUUGACCUUUUUUUUCUAUCCAGGCUACACGCCCAUGAUUUAUAUCUACUGUAGCGAGACAGUUUUUCAACGAGUCUUCCUCUUUUAACUAUGUAUGACGCUUUUUAACUAUGUAUGCCGAUUCGCAUCUACAUAUAAAACUCGUAUUUUGUCUCUCGUGUUUACCAUUGUUCAUGAAGCGAAUCAAGUAGGUUCGCAUCGAAUACAAUUUGACACCGUCGAGAGGAGCUUCCACGAUACGCCAUAAUGUCACCGACAAUACCAUUUUGUUUAAUGAUGUCGAUAUUAGCGGCGGCAAAAAGUACAACAAACGCAUACAGAAUCGCUGUAGAAAGCCACUCGUCGAGCUCGACGGAGAGAGAAAAUUUGAAGAUUAUCUUGAAUUACGUUCAAAGCAAGCAAACAUUUUAUCCGUCGAUAUUUUCUCUCGUCUCCUCCGACGUUCGAUCCAACUUUGUAGAUUUUGUGUCAAAAUACGUAGCGAGCGAGUCGAUUGUCAGCUACAAGAUCACAAUGAAUGAUCUCUCGCGGAGGUAUACGUGGCAAAAUCGUAUCGAUCUCACGUGGAUUUUCAUCGUCGACGAUAUUAAUGUUUUGAAAUUUUUCGUGCGCGAACGAAGUUAUAUAUGGAAAACCACCAAUCAGUAUCUGGUCAUCAUCACCGCUCCGAUCCCACUGGUUUCAUCGCGUGAAAUUUUUCAGACUAUCUGGAAAACUUACAACGUCUACAGAAUCGUCUUCGUCUCAAUACAAGACGAUUUUCGAUGUCUAAGCAGAUAUCUGCCGUUUGAAAGGAAUCUGCAGAACGAGUACGGUGCCGUGCGCAAGAUCUGUUUAAUGAAACAAACAAACAAUAUCGAGCUUUACACAAACUUUGAAAACCUAAACGGAUAUCCUAUACGCGUAAUCGUGUUUGGAUCUCUGACGAUGAACUUUAUGUUCGAUAAAGGUACGAGGACAUACAAAUACAAAGGACUGGAUGCGGAUGCGAUGUUUCUACUGGAGAAAUCGAUGGGGGCUCAGUUUCGCAUCAACGUGUUUUCAACCAAUUUUACUAAAGGGAAAAUAGACCCUUUUCAUCGUAGUCUUCAAUACAUCGAGGACGGCAAAUCGGACAUAAUCAUAAACGGUUUCUUUAUCUAUGACUAUCAGAAAUAUCGAAGUUACGAGUUUACAGCCAGCGUAUACGAGGACAAGAUGUGCUUGAUCGCGCCCACAACCGGUUUUAUCCCUAAAUCAUACAUGCCGAUAAUGCCGUUCGCGCCCGAUUUAUGGACGGCCCUUGCGAUAUACAACAUUCUUGUGUCCAUCUUGUGGUUUCUUAUCAAGUAUUAUAGCGGAUCGUUUCGUCGGCAGGAAACCGUUCUUCUUCCUUUAAUGAGAACGGAAUUUGUUCUUCCACGACAAUCAAGUUUACCGCCAAGGAUACACCCUUAUGUCUCAUCGUGUUUCGACCUCGUCGAAACCUCGUGUUAUCCGUUGAAGGAGGACGGCGGUUCGGGUAGCACGACCGCUCAGCGAGUUUUCUUGCUCGGCACCCUCUUUUUCGGACUCAUCGUCGUCGGUCUCUACCAAAGCUACCUCGUAUCCGUCUUGAGCAAUCCUUUCCAUUAUCCGGAGCUGAACACUCUGGAGGAUGUCGCCAACUCGAAUCUCACCUUAGCUACCAAAUAUUACAACUUGAAAGAGCAUGCGUUCACGGAGAAUACUACUCUGGCUAAGAAAUUACGCAGUAAAAUCAAGGUGAUAGUUUCCGACAAACCGACGAUCGACAUGGUGGCUUUCGGCAAGAAUAAGGUAAUCGCCAUCACACGUUACACUUCGCUUAAAAUAGACGAUUUGUCCCAGUACUACGAUGCGGACGGCAACGAAUUGCUUCAUCUAGUCGAGGAAUGUCCUAGUACUUACUCAUUGUCUUAUGUAAUAAGAUUGCAUUCACCGUACCGAGAGAGAAUCAACGGGUUACUGUUACGAAUGCAGGAAGCGGGCCUCAUUAAUCUAUGGUAUGAAAAUAUGGCAUAUCCGACAUACGUAGCUGAGCAGAAAAGAAAGGUGGAGAAGAGUGAGAGAAGAAUGAAAUUGACCAUGAAGCAUUACUCUCUUACAUUCGUCGGACUUUCAGUUGGUUUACUUUUCUGCGUCGUUGUAUUCCUCGCGGAAUUGUAUUUUGCCAAGAAAUCGCAAUCGCACACAAGAGCGGAGACAGUUCUUAAGCUAAUAUCGAAAAAUUGAUUCCUCU